AUGAAAACGCGCGUGACGUGUUACUUUGAACCGCCGAAUCCGGAGGGUGCGGUGAUAAAAUCCAAGCUCGGCCCGUUCACCGUGUACUACGUCGACUGCGACGUGGACGAGCGCGAUUCCAAGGCGGAGGUGAAGAAAUCGAUCGCGCUCGCGACUGGACUGGCGUUCAAAGCGAUCAAGAUCCGUCUCGGUGGGUUUAAUGAGAUUUUGGCGUUCGACGCGAACAAUGAGUUCCUGCGAGUGGGCUCUUGCGGGUCCACGGAGGCGACGUACGACAAGGCCCUGCUCCGAGCGCACGAGCUCAACAAUCUGGGAGCAGGGAGCGCGUUCGAUUUACCAGAUUUCGAUCGGAAGAAGUACGACGGGCGGUACGACUGGGUACAGAUCGAUCCGGAGAAGACGCCGAGAGCUCGAUAA